AUGACUACUGCAAACAUUACCAGUGGGUUCAGAGCGACCGGUCUUUAUCCACUUAAUCCUAAUGCAAUACCAGAAACUGCUUUUGCCCCAUCAAUUUUAACCCAACGAUCAAUCCAUUCAGUCUUGUCAAAUGAAAAUGAAGUACUUGGACAUCCUUCACCAAACUCCGAUACUGCAAUGGACACACAUGAGGACUCCUGCUCCUCGCCGCCCAUUGCUACUUUACGAGAAUUAAGAGAUCUGAUUGCAACAGAAAUUCUGCCUGGAACACCUGACACGCCAGAUAUUCAAGUAUUUGAAAAUUAUUCUUCUGUGCGUCAUACGCCAGCAUUCGCUGAUGAUGAAAAUCUGCCGUGGACUAGUGGAAUACACAAUAAACAGUCUCUUGUAGCUUACAGCGACACAGACGAAUCUUCUGACACUGAAACUAAAAGCAAAUUUGUAAAAUCUAAAAUUAUCAGCAAAUUUUUAAACAGACCUCUUCCAGUACGACGUUUGAGGAUUUAUUCGUCUACUGAUUCAGAAACAGACGUCACGAACGAUGGAUCCAAAGUAGUAUCUGUUCCUCAAUCUCCACAAACUUUUGAGGUCGCCGUAGAUGUACAUCUGUCUCCUAAAUCAAAAAUAAACCAAGUACCUGAAAGAUCCGAACAUAUUUUACCUCUAUCUCAGCAUUCAAAAUCUAUCAUUUCAGCAAGUCCGACAAUUUCAUACCUACCUCGGCCUCAAUGUACGUCUACAAGCCCAAGAAAUUCAUCACAAGACUCACCAGAUGAAGAUAACGUGACUUUAGCGCAAUUAAGUACAAAAUCUCCAUUCCAGAAAUUUAUGCCAACACCUGAUUAUGGCGAUAUUAAAACUAGACCACGAAAAAAAGCCUUAAACUAUAAAGGUCAAAGAGUAACAAAAGAUUUGUUUAAAAUUAAAGAUACAAAAGUCGGUGAAAAGAAAGCAAUUUCAGAUAAAUUAAAAAAACCUGUAAGAAAAGACACAAAUUCGAAAUCAAAUAAAAAGAAUGAAAAGAAUAGCACUAAGAAAAACGUAAAAACAAGAAGGAGGAAGAAAAAUAAGGAGGAAGAAAGUUGGUACUGUCACGCCUGUGAUGAAGACAAAGUCGCAGAUAUGAGAUCUUGCAGGGACUGUUCUAGGUGGUAUCACGAUGAAUGCAUUGGACUCACGACAGAGGAUGUUAACGCCUUUUUAUGUCCUGACUGUGAUUAA